AUGGCAAAAAGAAAUGGCACAGCCACUACAGAUUUCAUUCUUUUAGGCCUCUUCCCUGAGUUUCAAUAUGCCAGCUUCCUGGUCUACCUCAUCCUUCUGGUCUACCUCAUUGCGCUCAUAGGGAACUCCAUCCUCAUCUUCCUGAUCUGGAUGAACUCCUACCUCCACACCCCUAUGUACUUCUUGCUCAGCCAGCUCUCCCUCAUUGACUUGUUCUACAUCUCCAGCUCAGUUCCUAAUAUGGUCAUCAACCAUUUCUUAGGAAAGCACAGUAUUUCUCGCAUUGGCUGUGGUGUCCAGAUGUUCUUCUGCCUGACUCUAGGUGGUGCCGAGUGUCUACUCCUAACCCUUAUGUCUUAUGACCGAUUUGUGGCUGUUUGUAACCCCCUGCACUACGCAAUCAUCAUGAACCCUAAGGUUUGCUUGCUAAUGACCGUGGCAUCAUGGACUGGAGGUGCUCUGAAUUCACUCAUUCAAACCAUCUACACCAUGCAUUUCCCUGUCUGUGGUCUGAAGGAGAUAAAUCACUUCUGUGAGAUGCCUGCCAUCCUGAAGCUAUCCUGUGCGGACACGUCAGAUUAUGAAAUGGUAGUGUUUGUGGUAAGUAUAGUAUUUAUUCUUAUCCCCUUUACCCUCAUAAUGGCCUCCUACAUUCACAUCUUCCUCACUGUUCUCAGAAUGAACUCUCCUGAGGGGAGAAACAAAGCCCUGGCCACAUGCUCUGCUCACCUGACUGUGGUGAGUUUCUACUUGGGGCCAGGCAUAGUGGUGUAUAUGACACCUGGCUCCUCCCACACCACAACACUGGAUCAAGGUCUCUCCAUGUUCUAUACCAUCCUCACCCCAACGCUGAACCCCCUCAUCUAUAGCCUGAGGAACAAGGAGGUGGUGCGGGCUCUGAAGAAGGUCCUGAGGAAAAAUCUCAUAUCAAAAUAG